ACCUUUGAACAUCAAGGUCACACAUUCUCACUUCCGGUAACUUGACAAGUCAGUCGAUAAGCUAGAACUCGAACGAUAUCGUAUGGGAAAAUACCGCACAAUUUGAAAAAUGGAUAAUGACAGGCCACAGUUUAGGUCUCCUUUUUACCGUCCGUGUCCACACAUGGUAGCUUCAGCGCAAGGUGCGCCGCAACGUUCCACAGGAAAUAGUUUGAAAGCUAUUUUUGCAGGAGGAGUGACUGGUGGAUUAGAAAUCUGUAUAACAUUCCCAACAGAAUAUGUUAAAACACAAUUACAGUUAGAUGAACGAGCCGGUGUGGCUAAACGAUAUAAAGGUCCAAUCGACUGUGUUAAAGUGACAGUUAAUGACUAUGGAGUUAGGGGACUAUAUAGGGGUUUACCUGUUUUAUUGUAUGGAUCUAUACCUAAAUCAGCAGUUAGAUUUGGUGCUUUUGAAGAAUUUAAAAGUUGGUAUGCAGUGGAUGGUGUAUUAACUCCCGACAAAAGACUAUUAUGUGGUUUAGGAGCUGGAGUUUGUGAAGCUAUAUUUGCAGUUACACCUAUGGAAACAUUAAAAGUCAAAUUUAUAAAUGAUCAAACUUCAGCGAACCCUAAAUUCAAAGGAUUUUUUCAUGGUGUACGAGAAAUAAUAAAACAUCAAGGUAUACGAGGUACAUAUCAAGGUUUGACACCAACGAUAAUGAAACAAGGCAGUAAUCAAGCAAUAAGAUUUUUUGUGGUAGAAUCAUUAAAAGAUAUGUAUAAGGGAGGUAAUCCAGAUAAGAAAGUACCACUUUUAUUGACUGGAGUGUUUGGUGGUUUUGCUGGUGCUUGUUCUGUGUUUGGUAAUACACCUAUAGAUGUUAUAAAAACUAGGUUACAGGGUCUGGAUGCCCAUAAAUAUAAAAAUACUUUUGAUUGUGCAGUCAAAAUAUUUAAGAAUGAAGGUUUAGGAGCGUUUUAUAAAGGAACUGUCCCUAGACUUAGUAGAGUUUGUUUAGAUGUAGCCAUAACAUUUAUGAUUUAUGACAGUCUAAAAGCAGCAAUAGAUAAGAUGUGGCCAACAAACUAGAAAAA